AAAAAGCAAGCACGUGCGAGUCGGUCUCCGUACGCGGGUUCUCGGCACGUGCUCUCCGCCGGAAGCGCCACCGUUAAGACUAACCCUCCUUCCUAGGGUUUUCCCGAGAAUCGUCUUUCUUUUCCCCCGAUAAUUCCUCGAUCCCAAAAAAAAAAAAAAAAAAAAACAACAACCACCAAACAGAUAACAAACGCGUUCGUUUUUCGUUUUCCUGGGAAAAUUACUUCUCUUUCCCGGGGGAGGAAUCUGUGCCUGUCUCGAAUUUUCCAGGAGCUCAGGCCUGCGGAAUCGAUAGGUGCAAAGACGUUGAUGGUGCAGUUGAUGAGAUCGGAGAACUUCCCGGCCGCCACCGCAAGUGGAUCCCUGUCGUCGGCGAUUGGGAGCAAGGCGGCGCCGGUGAAGCUAGAGAUCGCCGAGGACCCCUUGGAGGAACAGUAUGGCCCUCUGAACAAGCGAUCCAAGACUUCGCAGACUCUGCAACAGUGGGGUGCCGGUGCUAAUGCAUUUCCCGUGCCGCCGGCGCAAUACAAUCCACUCGAUGAGCCGAGUCCUCUGGGGUUGCGGCUCAGGAAGAGCCCAUCGCUGCUGGAUUUGAUUCAGAUGAAGCUCUCUCAGGGUGGUGUUGCUUCGGCGCCGGAGGAAGCUCAGCAGAGUGAGAAACCAAGCUCUGGAGCGAAGAAAGACAAACCGCUGAGUGAUAAGCUCAAGGCUUCGAAUUUCCCGGCCUCUGUGCUGAGAAUUGGGUCAUGGGAGUAUACAGCAAGGUACGAGGGGGAGUUGGUGGCUAAGUGUUACUUUGCGAAGCAUAAGCUCGUGUGGGAAAUUCUUGUUGGUGGUCUCAAGAGUAAGAUAGAAAUCCAGUGGUCUGAUAUCAUGGGUCUCAAGGCGAAUUGUCCAGAAGAUGGACCUGGAACUUUGAAUGUUGUGCUUGCCAGACAACCGCUUUUCUUCAGGGAAACCAAUCCGCAACCUCGGAAGCAUACAUUGUGGCAGGCUGCUGCAGAUUUCACCAAUGGACAGGCCAGCUUACACAAGCAGCAUUUUCUGCAAUGCCCACAAGGGCUUUUGAACAAACACUUUGAUAAGCUGAUACAGUGUGAUAUGCGGUUGAACUUCUUGAGUCAGCAACCAGAGUUAGUUGUGGAUUCACCCUAUUUUGAAAAGAUGGCAGAUGUCUUUAGUGAACUAGAUGAAUCCAAUGAUCACGAACUUAACCAAGUGGAGAAUGGAAGAGGUUCAUCAUUUGCAGCAGCUGGCUUCCAGAAUCUGGCUUCACCAUCUGCUGGUCAUUCAUCCUCCUUGGAUAUGGAUCGAGGGGAUCAUACUGGUACAACAUCAGAACUCAUGUCCCGUGAAGCCCCCUCUCCCAGCUCAGUGAUGGAUACUCAUGCGAUUGAAGGAAGGGGAAACUUCGAGUCUGUUGAUUCACGAGCACCGAGGAAUUGGGAUCAAAUAAAAGUGCCAGGCCUUACACCAUCAAUGUCCAUGAGUGAUCUCAUGAAUCACAUUGGAAACUGUAUUUCAGGCCAGAUGAACUCCGGCAAUACAUCAUCCCUGGCCGCAGAUGGAGAAGAAUGCCAAGAGAUAUUGGAAGACAUAGCUCAAUACCUUCUAAGUGACACCCAAAACACAUCAUCCUCAGAUGAGAAGAGGCUAAUGGCUAGGGUCAACUCUCUCUGCUGCCUCCUGCAGAAGGAUCCCGCCUCUUCAUCUCAUCAGAAUCUGCAGACCAUUGGAGAGGGCAGCAGCAAUGACUCGGUUUUCCAGCUGAAUCAACCAAGUGGAUCUUUGUUCCCAGAAUUCAAACCUUCUGAAGGGUACAACAUGAAGGAUGCUGUCUCGUCGAGCAUCAAGGCACCAUCAGGGAUGUCGAGAAAGGAUUCGUUUGGGGAUCUCCUGCUUCAGCUCCCUCGAAUCGCGUCUCUCCCCAAAUUCCUGUUCCAUAUAUCGGAGGAGGAUGGUGGAGAGAAUCAGAGUAGAUGAUAGUCGAGAUAUUGUUCGCCUGAUUUGCAGUUCCAUCCCCCCCCUAUGAUUGUUGAUGUCAAUGAUAAUAGUUAUUCCCUCCUCUCCUCUUCUUUCUUGUGAUGAAGAUGAUUUGCUUGGUUGUUUAAAAUUACAUAUGCAGAUGUCCUAUCUCUUGCUGAUAGGAAGGAUGCUUGAGCAUUUGUUUGAACCCUAAGGGGGUGAAACUGGGAUUCUGAGAUUUGGCUUUGAUGAAGAAUCCCCAGAUUUCCUUCCCGAUGUACAAAAAACAAAUUGGAUCGUACGUUGUAGAUCGUUGCCUCUCUUCUUUCUCUUAGCAUUUCAUAUCAGUACAUAGUUUCAGGAUGAUGUCUUUGUGACUGUAUUCUGGUAGCUGCAGAUUUGAGAGUUCUUCACAAUGGAAAUUGGAGCUCAAUGUAUCCAGAACAAGAACAGCCUAGUUCAGGGAUCGACGAAGAUGCUCGUGCCCAUCGAAUUUGAUUAUGCAUCACCGGAGAAGUUUGUUGCUCUUGUGAUAUAUCUUAUUCCAGUUGGCGCAAGUAUAUGAUUAUGUAUAGGACCAAAACACAAUAUUCAACAUAUGCAAUAGAAUCAAUGCCUUCAAAUUCGCCUUGAAGGCUUAGAAGACUACUUAUAUCAAAAUGUUCAUUUUAUGACCCUAUCCUCUACUACUAUAACCCAUGGAAGAAACAUGAAUUUGUUGCUCUUCCUAGGCUGAACCAUUCAAAAAAUUUGCCCUCUUAUCUCAAGUCUAACAAUUAUGUCUACCACUUCGACUCCUACGAUUUACACUUCUGUAAGGAAUUCGUGCGUGCUUUCAGCUAAGGCUUGCACAUAUGAAGCAAUCAGGCUCGCCUCCUUGCCCAUCGGAAGCCAUAUCCAAGCACAGCGAGUGGAAGACAUGGCCGCACCCCAGAACCGCAGCUUCAGGGAAGUUCACAGCCCCCGAUUCGGUCUCAGGUGGGACAGGUGCAUAUGCCAGAUCCGUCUCGCAAAUCAUGCAGUUCUCCCCUAGCUUCCAGUCAUUAUCCCCUUCAUCCCCUCCCACUAAAUCAGCAUACAAUGCUUCAUCGCACUUCAGGUAAUAUGUCAUCCCUCGAUCCACUGCUUCCUUGCUCUGCGACAGGGAAGGAUUCGCUGCCUUCUUCCUCUGCUGCUGUUUUCUCGGCGACCCUUUCGAACCUUGUUGUUCUUCUGCCUUCUGCUUGGUAGCUUUCGCCUUCGGACUGGUCUUCUGUGGCCCUAGCUUCAGCUUCUCCCCUGUAGGUUGAGACUGAGUUUGAAGUUGAGCUUUCGAAGCUGCCUCAGGUUUCUCCUUCGGAGUUGCAUUCUUAGGAACUGGUUGCUUCUUCGCCAUCGGAGGAGCUUCCUUCUGGUUCUUUACCGCUACCUUUGCUGCCCCUCCUGAAGCCUUUGCCUUGGAAUCAACAGAGCCCUUCGUCGCUCCACCUUCCAAUUUCAGCUUCUCUUCUAAAGCUUUUGCAGCAGCAGCAGCUGCUCUUGUUAACGGUUUGUUGUUGUUGUUACUGACAUCCUUGGCGCUCGAGCUGACCGUGGGAGCGGUCAACGCCGCCUUGGGCCGCUUCGCUGCCGUCGCGGCGGAAUUGGAAUUGUUCCUCUCCUCCCUCUUCCCGCCGCCGCCGCCGGCGACCCUCUUGACGGUGGUGGUUUCGGCAGAGCGAGUGCUGGCAGCCUUCGUCGCUCCCUUCCCAGCCAUCGUCAACAGUUUCUGAAUGAAAGAUUGGACGUUCUGGACCACCCGGCGCCGGAAAUCGAUGGGUUCCGCAGUUGGAUCCGCAAGAACAACGGACGGCAUCAAUCGAGGCGUUUCUUUUUUGCAGGAUUUUCCUUCGAUUUUCUUGGGAGGGAGAAUUUUGUAACGAUGGGAAUGGUUAGAGAGAGAGAGGAUAUAGGGAUUUUCGCGGGGGAUUUUAAUGAUGACGGCGACGGCGGCGUUCUUUUCUGGCUGCUGGCUGGUUCUCCGAAUACGGUGGGGAAGAGGAAUUGGAGGAGG